AUGAGUGCUAUCAGUGAUGAUGUUGGAAGAUUAUUUGAAGAGGUGGUAGAGAGGAUUACUCAAGACCUUCGCCUUUUAAUGAAUGAACUUUGGGUGAAUUGGUCCCACCUUGGAGUAGAUGAUAAAACUAAGAUCAGCCAUAUCUCGAAAUUACACGAAAUUGAGAAGGAUUUUCAUAAUGAAGUAAUGGCGGAGACAAGAUUAAAAAUGAAACGCCUGCAGGAGCAGAUUGAGAAUCUUAAAACAGAAACAGAACAACUUAGCAGAUGUCUAUCUGUUGACAUCCAACUACCAAGUUUACAAGAGAACAUAAUGUUGCAUCAAUAUAAAAAAGAUUUAGAGGAUCAAAUCAUGGGAUUCAGACACCAAGUUGAACAGCGAAAGAUGAAGAUGGAAAGGCUGCUUGAAUGGCAGCGAGAUAUCACUGAUAAACUUGGUGUGACGAUGCAAGAGUUGGAAGAGGUUCCGCUGCCAUCUGAGGAGGAUUUGAAUCAGUUGAAGAAUCACUUGGAGAUGCUGCAGGCUGAAAGAGACAGAAGAGUAGAGACAUUCCUUAACACCCAAGUCGAGAUAAAGAAUAUAAUGGAAAAAUUACAAAUCAAGCCGCAAAACAAGUUUGAGCAAACUGUCAUAUCAUCACUGUCAGUGGACUUCCGUGUAACUGAUAUGAACAUGGACCGAUUGGCAAAGCUUUUGCAAGAUUUGCAAGAAAAAUAUGAGCAGACUAAUAAUAGGGUUUUGGAAUUGCGUGAGCGUCUAGCAAGACUCUGGGAAUGCCUAGAAGAAGAUCAGAUCUAUCGUGACAACUUUCUUCAGGCCCAUCCCGGCUGCAGUCCACCAACCGAGGCUGCUAUUAAGGAAGAGCUCAAAAGAUGUGAGCAAAUCAAGCGACAAAAAAUAUCGGUCUUUGUGGCUAAUGUCCGGACGAAAAUCAAGCUUAUGUGGGACAAUCUAAUGUAUUCCAUGAGUGAACGUGAAGAAUUCCUCCAUUACUACCAAGAUUUGUUUACUGAAGACACUUUGGCCUUGCAUGAGAUGUAUCUGGAUAAGAUAACCAACUUCUACAAUGAUCAUAAGGAAAUAUAUGAGCUGAUUGUAACACGGAAGACCCUCUGGCAGAAGAUGGUGGAGUUGGAGUCGCGGGCCUCAGAACCAGGGCGUUUCAAUAACCGAGGUGGACAAUUGCUCAAGGAGGAGAAAGAGAGGAAAGCUAUCGCCAGCAAACUUCCUCAAGUUGAGUCCCAGAUCCGUGAGAAAGUGUUGGAGUACGAAGCACAAAGUGGUAAAGAUUUCACAGUGGAUGGAAAACCUAUUCUGCAGGUCAUGAAAGACGACUGGGAAAUGAGAAAAGCUGAUCGGCAAAACAAGUUAUCUGCGCGCAAGCAAGCAUUGACGCCUACAACGCCGAGUUUCCGUUCCUUGGCCACAUCCCCACUCGGCAAGAGGAACCGUACCGCUGCAGGCUUAGCUCAUACUGCCGACAGAAACAGGCCGCCGACGAAACGUCAACUAGUGACGGGAAGCGCUACUAAAGCUACUUCCAUACUUGCUAAUCGCUCAGCGCUCAAAAGAUCCGCCAUCACUACAAUCAAAAGACGCCUCAGCGGAAGAAUCGCUGCUCGCGAUGGCGAAGGAAGACCGGAGCUCGCUAAGAGAAAGCUUGAUUACAACGAGGGAGCUGUGUCCACCAAGAUAAUAGUAAAUGGCAGCAUUCUUAAGCACAAGCGUACAUCUUUAAGUCGUCGCCGUUCCAAGCGCUUGUCGUCCAAUGUGACACAAACGACAUGCAGCGAUGACCAGCCGCUCGCUGAAUCCACUAUGCUGACUACCUAUACUGACUUUAAGGACGGAAUCCACGAAAAGCAGGUGAGCCGAAGUUCGAUGGCUUGCAAUGGUAAAGAGAACGCCAUCCCCAUUAUAACCGUUGGUACGCCCAAGAAACCAGCCCGGAACGGUCCCCUCACCCCACGGCCGGGGAAAGAGAACACCCCCCACGCCCUACUCAUGACGCCCACACGAUUCACACGCUCCACCCAGAAACUCAACCAAGACGGCUUUUUAACCCCCCGCUCCCCACUAGUUUCUAAAAAUAAUUUGAUUAGACAGAACACAGGCACGAAUCUAACAACAAAAACAACACCGAACAAUGUCAGUCGGUCUAAGUCACAAACACAUCUUAUCAGAGCGAAAAACUUACCGCCCUUAAUAUAA